AGGGCCACGGGGCUGCCUCCUCCGCUACGCUGUGGGUAGGGGGCGGGCUGUCACCCGGACGCGGGAAAAACAAGGGCCGGGCCGCGGGCGCGCCUACCUCUCGGGCUUCCCGGGCCUCCCGCGCCCCUACCCCGCUCGCGGCCGUGGGGCACCGGUGCCCUCGCCCGGAGAUGCCCUGCCAAUGCCACCCAUUCGCAAGAUGCGGCCUCGACCCCGCCUAGACCUCGCUACCCCAGGAAACUGCGGGCGCCCCUCGGCAGGACCCCCGGUGCCCAGAGGGGCGGGAGGACUCGGUAAAGGUUGUUGCGGUUGAUGCAGAGUUGAAUGUCUUCUAUGAGGAAAGUGUGCAUUUUGACAGAGACCUUCCAGAAUUUGGGACUCAGGGCGGUGUUCAUAUGCACAAGGAUGGGCUGACGGUCACUUCUCCAGUGCUAAUGUGGGUCCAGGCACUGGAUAUCAUCUUGGAAAAGAUGAAGGCUUCAGGCUUUGACUUCUCUCAAGUCCUAGCCUUGUCCGGGGCAGGCCAGCAACACGGAAGUAUAUACUGGAAGACUGGAGCCCAGCAGGCACUGACAAGCCUAUCACCAGACCUCCCGCUACACCAGCAGCUGCAGGACUGUUUCUCCAUCAGCGACUGCCCGGUGUGGAUGGACUCCAGUACCACAGCCCAGUGCCGCCAGCUGGAGGCUGCCGUGGGCGGGGCUCAGGCUCUCAGCUGCCUCACGGGGUCCCGUGCCUACGAGCGUUUUACAGGAAACCAAAUUGCAAAAAUUUACCAGCAGAACCCCGAGGCCUACUCACAUACAGAGAGAAUUUCUUUGGUCAGUAGCUUUGCUGCUUCCCUGUUCCUUGGCUCUUACUCCCCUAUUGACUACAGCGAUGGUUCUGGAAUGAAUUUGUUGCAGAUACAGGAUAAAGUCUGGUCCCAGACUUGCCUUGGUGCCUGUGCACCUCAUUUAGAGGAGAAGCUUGGCCCACCAGUACCAUCAUGCUCAGUUGUGGGAGCCAUUUCUUCCUAUUACAUCCAGCGCUACGGAUUUCCUCCAGGAUGCAAAGUGGUGGCCUUCACUGGGGACAACCCAGCGUCGCUGGCAGGCAUGAGACUGGAGGAAGGUGACAUUGCGGUCAGCCUGGGCACCAGUGACACCCUGUUUCUCUGGCUCCAAGAACCCAUGCCUGCCCUGGAAGGCCACAUCUUCUGCAACCCAGUUGACUCCCAGCACUACAUGGCACUCCUGUGCUUUAAAAAUGGCUCCCUCAUGAGAGAGAAGAUCUGCGACAAGUCCGCGUCCCGUUCCUGGAGCAAGUUCUCUAAGGCACUGCAGUCCACAGAGAUGGGCAACGGUGGAAACCUGGGUUUUUAUUUUGAUGUAAUGGAGAUCACCCCUGAAAUUAUUGGAUGUCAUAGGUUUAACACAGAAAACCACAAGGUCGCAGCAUUCCCUGGGGAUGUGGAGGUUCGAGCACUGAUUGAAGGACAAUUCAUGGCCAAGAGGAUUCAUGCAGAACGCUUGGGCUAUCGAAUCAUGUCCAAGACAAAGAUUUUGGCCACAGGAGGAGCAUCUCACAAUAGAGACAUCUUACAGGUGCUUGCAGAUGUGUUUGGUGCCCCGGUGUAUGUUAUAGACACUGCCAACUCAGCCUGUGUGGGUUCUGCAUACCGAGCUUUUCAUGGUCUUGCAGGUGGAAGAGAUGUGCCCUUUUCAGAGGUUGUGAAGUUAGCUCCAAAUCCCAGACUAGCUGCUACCCCAAGCCUGGGAGCUUCUCAGGUCUACGAGGCCCUCCUCCCCCAGUACGCCAAACUCGAGCAGAGAAUCUUGUCUCAGACCUGGGGGCCUCUGGAGUGAACAGGCAUCCCUGUUGCCCCUGCCUGCCCACAUUUACUGACCCCACUUGGAGACAUGGCCCCGGACAGCAGGGAUCCGCUUCCCUGUUCUGAACAGCUCUUCCUGCCCCUGCUGACUCCUUGGAGUGUCCAGGACCAUUUUAAAGCCAUCCUCAGCACAUCUGCCUGAAGAUAGAUAGGCACUUGUGUCCUUGUGCCCAUGUGCCCGUGUGCCCCAGGGCAGGAAAACAUCUCUCUUUUCCUGUCUUUUAUCCCAGGAAGCAGGACAACACCAAGACUAGGAUAUGUCCGAUAAAAACUAUGACUUUUCCCCUUGUAGAGGCAGAAUUAAAGCUAAUCUAGGGACUCAAAUCAGCAGAAUGGGGGAGACAAAGCCCUGUUUCACCCCCUAACCUCAUCCUAUCUCUUUCUCCAACCCUGACUCUCUGCCCUGUCCUCCCCAAACCAUGACCCACAGCCGCUCCCACCCCAUAUCUUGAUCCUACCAUCCAUCCUCUCCCCCAAUCCAAACCCCACAGCCUCUUCUCGCACACCCUGCCCUCCUUGUUUCAGCUGUCUGAGGUGCCUCCCAGAGCCUCUCUUAUUUGCCCCAUGCUCACCCUCUCCAUGCUGUCCCCAUUCUCUCCUUUCACCAUCUGUUCUCUCCCCCUCCUUUAUGUCCUCCCUCCCCAACUCACCUGGCAAAAUUCACAACCUCCCGCCCAAAUGGUGGGCCUGGUGGACAUGCUUCCUGUGCCCACCUUUUAGCUGUGCCCACAGAUCACUGAGAGGGACCAUCUCCCAAGUGGCACAGUUUAGAACGUCUCUCCCUUUUUCUCCCUCAUUCCCUCUCUCUUCUUGCAGUCCACUUGUUGAAGAAGUUGUGUCAUUUCUCUGGAAGAAUUUCCCAAAUUCUGGAUUUCUUUUUUAUUUUGGAGUAUUUCAUCAGCUGAAAAGUUGUGAUUCUCACUUUGAGUUUUCUUCCUAUAUUUGUAUAGUGAGUUCCUUUUUCCUUCUUCUUUAUCCCUCCUGUUUUACUUUAUACCUCUCUAUUCCUUGCUCAAAUUAUUGCAAAAGCCUCCUCAGAAAGUCCUCUGUGAUCUGACUCCUGCAGACUCUUCCAGACUUUUCUUCUGCCCCAGGUCUUUACUGAGCUCAAGACUCCAGCUAAAUCAAAAUACUCAUGUUCUCACCCAGAGUGACAAAAUCCUGCAGAUAGGUUUAAGACCUGGUGGAUCAGAGCAGUAGCUAGUGGGAAGUUAAAAGGAAGGGGCUUAGAAAAUGAAUGGGAUCAAAGGCAUCACUUCUGAUGGAGAUGAAGCCAUCUUGAAAGGGAGUGGUGUUUUUUGGAGGCAUGGUGAAUGAAAGGGGGCAAAGGAAGCAAGAGGUUAAAGAUAACGGCCCAUUAGAUAUGACAGCAAGGCCAAGAUUCCGAAGAAGACAGACAACUCCCCCUAGACAUUACUUUUUAAAGACAUUUUACAUUAUUGGCCGGCAGAAAAAGGCUGUCUUGGACCAUGAAACAGUAAACUGUAACAAAACACUUCAACAUGAAUUUGAAAAUAAAUUAAAUAAUUGUGGAUAUAAAA